UUCAGUUCCAAGUUGCUGUCAGGAUGGAGAAGAUCAUCUUCUGCUUUCUUAUUCUCACAAGUUUCUGUUGUUGGGGUGAAAGGAUUACUGCCAGCAAAACUAUGCCAACAUUGUAUCCCUCACCAGUGAAGAAGAAGAGCGGGUGUUCAAAGCAUAUGUGAAUAGAAACGGACCAAGGGAAGGAUGGAUCGGGAUGUACUGGGAUCCAAACAUGAGAAGAUGGAAAUGGUGGAGAGGUGGCAAUGUCACCUACCACAGAUUUGUGAACUCUGGUGAAUGGGAUAAAGCUAAAAAUGUCUACUGGAAACAUGAUGGAUGGCACUGGAAGGAUGGGACUCAUUCUGAGAGUUUCUUCUGCCUGAACAUGAUUGUGGUCCAGGAAAGGAAGACCUGGGAGGAUGCUCUGGAGCACUGCAGAAAGAAUGAUGGCGACCUCAUCAGCCUGCUCUCUGAGGUAGAGAACCAUAUAGCUCACAGUAGGAUCCAUCAUUCAGCCUUGACUCAGCAGGUGUGGAUCGGCAUGCGUUACCUUGGAGACAGCUGGAUGUGGGUGAAUGGAGACCCUGUGCUGUACACGGCCUCAACAACAAAAGGGGAUCAGGACUACCAGUGUCCGAGGCUGAGGCGCUGCGGCGCUUUGACCAAAGAGGGGAAGUGGGAGAUAAGGGACUGUGGGGAGAAACUCAGCUUCAUCUGUGCCUGAGUUUGACCAAGGAUCAAGUCUCUGAUUGGAUACAUCCACAAUAUAUAAUGUCAUAUUCUUUAGUCAUAUUUUAUCAUUAGAUCAAUUUUUCUUCAUAUCUAUCAAUUUGCUUAUUAUACAACCUCAGUAGACCAAUGCCUCCUUAAAUAAUCAAUGAGGUGGUUUUAAUCUAAUAGUUUGACUGUGUGGGCUCCCUGUAACCUAAUUAAUGAGUGUUGUUCUUACACUGUGGUGAUUAUAAUAGGUCUGAUUAUGGGAUAGAAAAUGUAUCAAACACUG